CAGGUCACAGCUCUCUCUCUCUGACAAAAUCUCAGAGACUCGUUCAGAGACGAGACCACAAACCAACGACCCUCUUCUCCUUUUCACCUUUCACCGUACUUCCUCGUGAGUUCGAGCUUCCAAUUGAAAUCCCAGUAGCAGAAAUGGAAACCCUAAUUUCGCUUUGAAUCGGAGGCCUCUUUCGACUUCCGCUCCAUGACCGAAUCCUGAGCUCGAAUUCCGAGCAAUGUCAGUCGCGGAGCUCAAAGAGCGCCACGUGGCGGCCAGCGACACCGUCAACUCGCUCAGAGAGCGGCUGAAGCAGAAGCGCGCUUCCUUGCUGGACACAGAUGUGGCUGAGUAUGCAAGGUCACAGGGGAAGACUCCGGUCACAUUUGGCCCCACCGAUCUCGUAUGCUGCAGAACCUUGCAAGGUCAUACAGGAAAGGUGUAUUCGUUAGAUUGGACCUCUGAAAAGAAUCGAAUUGUCAGUGCAUCUCAAGACGGGCGUUUAAUAGUGUGGAAUGCACUAACAAGCCAGAAGACUCAUGCCAUAAAACUACCUUGUGCAUGGGUCAUGACUUGUGCUUUCUCACCGACUGGUCAAUCUGUUGCUUGCGGUGGUCUUGAUAGUGUUUGCUCUAUUUUCAACUUGAAUUCCCUGUGUGACAAGGAUGGGAAUCUACCUGUAUCAAGAACACUUAGUGGGCAUAAGGGUUAUGUUUCCUCCUGUCAAUACGUUCCAGAUGAGGACACUCACCUGAUUAGUGGAUCUGGAGAUCAAACGUGUGUUUUAUGGGAUAUUACUACUGGACUCAGGACUUCAGUUUUUGGAGGUGAAUUUCAGUCUGGACACACUGCAGAUGUACUGAGUGUGUCCAUCAAUCAAAGCAACUCGAGAUUGUUUGUGUCUGGUUCUUGUGAUACAACUGCCCGAUUGUGGGAUACUCGUGUUGCAAGUCGAGCAGUGCGGACGUUUCAUGGUCAUGAGGGGGAUGUUAAUGUGGUAAAGUUCUUUCCAGAUGGAAAUAGAUUUGGAACUGGCUCAGAUGAUGGAACUUGCAGAUUGUUUGACAUUAGAACCGGGCACCAGCUCCAAGUAUACCAUCAGCCACAUGGUGAUAAUGAUAUCCCACCUGUGAAAACCAUUGCAUUCUCAAUAUCAGGAAGGCUUCUCUUUGCUGGAUACACAAAUGGGGAUUGCUAUGUAUGGGAUACUUUGUUGGCAAAGGUGGUUUUGAACCUGGGAUCCCUCCAAAACUCACACGAGGCACAGAUUAGCUGUUUGGGUUUGUCAGCUGAUGGUAGUGCCUUGUGUACAGGAAGUUGGGAUACAAAUUUAAAGAUAUGGGCCUUCGGAGGGCAUAGGAAAAUAAUUUGAGCCAGUUACGGAGGCAGAUAUCUCCAUCUUCUGUAUCCUGAAUUUCGUCUUUUUCGCAGGCCCGUGGCUCUCAAUAUCCGUUGAUGAAGAUACUGGGUUUGAGAAACUAGAAUGUCCUGUAAUAUGUUGCUGCUUGUUGUAAGUUGUAACCCCACAUUGGAAAAACUGACAAUUUUAAUAUUGGGAGAAAGAAAAAGAUGUACAUUUGACGAAAACUCCGGCUUGAGAGACCGUCCCAUGUGCUUUCGGCCUGAAUAUAUUUCAUCUGUAGCUACCAUCUCCAUGUACCUUCCAUAAGAAUGUUGUAAACUUGUAAAUGACUCAUCUCUCAUCCAUGUAUGGUGUUUUUUCCUACUCU